CUUUCUUUUUUUUUCUUGUUUAUACAACCAUUGUUCUCUGUACAUUUAUUGGCGCCUUGGAAUGAAUCUUUCUAUUACGCCCAGAGCCGCUUGGCUCUCCAAAUUAACACAGUCAUUUGGCCGGUCCAGAUGGCAGCAACGGUUCUUUGUCUUGCUGGAUACCGAGUUACGAUAUUAUAAAAGCGAGCAUGCUGUCACACCUUCCAAUACUCUUAACUUGCGCCACGUUGGAAAAGUGGUGAUCAAUCCUUCGCCGAAUCAUCCAUUUACCUUCCGACUGGAACCUCAUCCGGAACUCGGGACCACCCCAGUGACCCCCGAUGCGGAUAAAGCAGUAAAACCAUGGACGAUCGAAUGUCAAUCAUUGUUUGAGUUGGAAGCAUGGAUGGAUGCUAUCCAGUUUCGUCUUUCCAAAUUGACUGAGACACCCAAACGACGAUCUCCUUUGCUCCCUUCUUAUUUGUCACGUUCUUCCGCUUCCUCUGUCAACACGCCCGCCGUUUCCCCUAUGACUGUUGCUGGACAAUCGUCUGUUUCUCGACCGCGACGUCUCAACAAAUCUUUAUCCCGUCGACGAGGUGUGAUUCUCUCGCCUAUUACGGUUCCCUUUCUCGAAGCGACAUCGUCUUCUGAGCCUUCAAGCGACUCCCCGACAUCGUGUCAUUCUGUUAUGUCUUUGGCGUCGGUCAAUCUAUACCAAGCCAAUCAUACCCAUCCUUCCAAACCAUCCACUUCCCCCACCUUUCAAUUGUACAAAGACCGCUUUCAACUCUAAAAAAGAAUCAUCACCCCAUUCACAUACCUCCUGGCUCUCGAGGAUAAAAAAAAAUAUUGCAAUAAAAAUGCACACAAGAUCGUUUGAAGACUCAU